AUGGGUUCUUAUCGUGAUCAUCAUACUAUUUCUGUUCCUUUGGACAAGGAAGUGGAAGCAGCAUGGACUGAUAAUGGCGAAGGGUUGCUGCAACCUCAUCAUCUCAAGGCAUCUUGGGCCUUGUUGCUUGGCAGACUUUCAGAAACACAAACGACAACAUUUGCUGUAUUGGAACAACUCGCAGUCCCACCGAGCGAUGCCUGUUCAAGUUUAGUGGCUUUAGAUCCGCAUUUGGAGACCUGGGAGAUAUCAGACAGCCAGGAUGGUCUCUUGGUGGAUGCAGCGAAGGAAAGGCACAGAGCGCCUCUUUCAGGAACACAAGCCUCGACAGGUGUGGUCAUCAGGUGGCGUGAUGAACGGAACGGCCCGAUCUUGUUUCCCUGCGCAUUAUUCAAUACAAUAAUUGUUCUGGACUGCAGUGUAUCACCCGUGCAAGUCUCCAUGGAAUACUCAAGAAAAUCUCUCACUGUGAACCAAGCAUGGUCACAAUUAACGGCAAUGGUUCACAUCCUGGGCCAAAUAGUUAUGAGGUCAGGGGUAUCACUGCGAGAGGUGGAUUUCCUAGGUUCAUAUAGCACUGGGUUGAUCCGGCAAUGGAAUAACCCGUACUCACUCGCACGACCGCAAGUGUGCAUUCAUACCUUGAUCCUAGAACAUUGCCGAAGCCAACCCGAUGCCGAGGCGCUGUGUGCUUGGGAUGGUUCCAUCACAUAUGCGGAGCUUGAUAAAUUCUCACUCGCAGUCGGACUCCAGCUGCUAUCACUUGGUGUUGGCCCAGAGUCAGUGGUGCCGCUCUACUUCGAAAAGUCGCGCUGGACGGUGGUCACCAUUCUGGGGGUGCUGAGGGUGGGAGCUGCUUUUGUUCUCCUCGAUCCCUCUCAUCCUGUGGCUCGUCUGGUCGAGAUUUGUUCGGAAGUGCAGGCAACAGUUGCCAUCGUAUCGGAGUCAUUGCAGGAACUGGGUCAGCAGCUGGGCCCUCGAGUUAUCAUGGUCCUCGACACAAUCAAGAAUUACGUGGAAACAGGAACAAAUACAUUUACCACAUCUGUCAAGCCGUCAAAUGCCGCAUACGUCGCUUUUACUUCUGGCUCCACCGGAAAGCCCAAAGGGAUUGUGAUUGAACAUCAGUGCUUCGUUGCAAAUACGCUGGCUCAGAACGCAGUGCAGAAUAUCAAUAUCCAAACACGGGCAUUUCAGUUCGCCUCCUAUGGGUUUGAUAGCAGCAUUCUUGAGACACUCAUGACUUUGGUGGCGGGUGGUUGUGUCUGUAUACCCUCGGAGCAGCAGCGACUCAACGGUCUGGCAGAUGCUAUCCGUGGGCUACGAGCCAACUGGCUCGAGCUGACUCCAUCUGUGGCACGGUUCAUCAAUCCUGAAGAGGUUCCCGACGUGCGAUCUGUCUUGCUUGUCGGUGAGCCAAUGGCUCAAGACCACAUCAAACAAUGGUCGGGGACCGGGAAGGUCCAACUCCUCAACGCAUAUGGCCCCGCCGAGUGUAGUGUGGUGACCACUGUACAGCCCCGUGUGCAACUGGAAGAUCCCAACAAUAUUGGCCGUUCAUAUAGCAGUCACUGUUGGAUUGCCAACCCUCACGAUCACAAUCAGUUAGAGCCCCUGGGUGCGGUGGGGGAAUUACUUAUCAGCGGACCAAUCGUAGCCCGAGGCUAUCUCAACCAGCCCCAGAGGUCUUUCAUCUCCAACCCCCGCUGGGCGACGCGAUUCGGGAUUCCUCCAAGUGAACGCGUUUAUAAAACCGGAGAUCUUGUGCGAUAUAACCUCGAGGAUGGCACUUUGCGAUACGUUGGGCGCAAAGACCGGGAGGUCAAAAUACAUGGGCAACGUGUGGACCUGCAAGAAAUUGAACAACACGCUUCCCAAUUUCAGAAAGGAAUACUUGCAGUCGCCGAUGUAAUUCACUUAAACGGUAGCAGCGCAGGGAAACUCCUUACUCUGUUUAUCGCGACUGCAGAUAAUGACGAGACUCGCAUGACGAAGGAAAUCUUCGUCGUCCCCAUGAAUGACACCCUCCUCGAUUUGGGGACCGGCAUCAAGCAAUGGCUUCGUGAUCGUCUACCGCCGUACAUGAUCCCAACCAAGUUGAUUUUCGUCAAUCGCUUUCCUCUCACGAGAACUGGCAAACUCGAUCGACGGGCCUUGGUAGAUCUUGGAGCAGCAUCCAGUGAGUCGCCGUCUGUAAAGUACCCGUCAAAUCAGCGCGAUAGAGAAGAUAUCGAGAUGGAUCCAGAACUUUUCGCCAGGGAAGGUACCUUGUGUUCAGUUUUUUCUGAAGUGUUGGGUUGCCUGGAAAGAAACAUCGGUGCCCAAGACGGUUUUUACGACAUGGGAGGGAAUUCAUUAGCUGCUAUCGAGCUGGUAGCAUGUGCACGCAAGCGUGGUCUGGAGAUCACGGUGGCAGAUGUCAUCCGUCUUCAGAAUCCACGCGAUAUUGCGCGAUGUACCGUGGAAAGCAAAGACGUUCACGAGAUCUCCCAAUUCUCUCUUCUCGUGAAUACCCAACAGAGCCUAUCCACCGCCACUGCCCAGUGUGCCAUUGAGAGAGAAAUGAUUGAGGAUAUUUACCCCUGUACCCCACUGCAAGAGGGCCUCAUGCAUCUGUCUGUCAAGAAUCCGGGGGCUUUCAUGGGCACGUACCGGUUUUCAUUAGCUCCUUCUACCAACCUGCAUCGGAUCUGGGCUGCAUGGGAACAGCUUUGGGUCGUACAUCCCAUCCUGCGAACACGCAUCAUUCAAUUUCAGGACGGCCAAACGCUUCAAGUAGUCACCAAGCAAAAGUCCCCAUGGAAGGAUAUUUCAUCCAUGGAUGAUUCCCAACCCAUGAACUUGGGGACACCUCUUGCGCGUGUGACAUUCCAUCCUGGACAUACUUCCUGCGGAUCGCACUCUGGCGUAUUCAUACUGACCAUGCACCACGCUAUUUUCGAUGGAUGGUCAUAUCUGCAGCUGCUCGAGGAUCUCCAGGUGAUUUACAACGGAGACAGACUACCACCACGCCCUGCGUUCAAUCAUGUCAUUAAAUACAUCUCCAAAUCCAACGCUAAGGAAGCCCACUCUUUUUGGACGCAAGAGUUCAAUGAUUUCCAAGCAACAAUGUUCCCUGUCUCUUCCCGACGGCCCUCAGCCUCACCACAUUGGCAAGUCAGAAGCCAGCAAACCACCCUGACCAAGUCAGAUAUGGACUGGACCCUCGCCAGUAAAAUCAAAUUAGCUUGGGCUCUUGUGAUCUCCUCCCAAACUCACUCAAAGGAUGUGGUAUAUGGAUUGACAGUCUCGGGCCGAAAUGCCCCAGUUCCAGAGAUCGAUCGUAUUGCUGGGCCAACUUUCGCAACUUUCCCCUUACGCACGCAGCUUGAUGAUGAGAUGUUGGUGAAAGAUAUGUUGGUUCAAAUGCGACAGCAUGACGUCUCCAUCAUGCCAUUUGAGCAUACUGGUCUCAGACGUAUCGCGGAGUCAAGCUCAGAUGCAGCCCUGGCUUGUGGAUUCCAGAAUCUCCUCACCGUCAGGUUGCAAUCUCUUCAGAUUCCUCCGGGCGCUUUGAUUCACUUGCCCGAAAACGAAGACCACGACUUUAAGUUUGCGUCGUAUCCCCUGUCAAUCGUGGCGCAGCAGCAAGGCACAUCCUUAGAGCUGAAGGCCGUCUUUGAUGGCCACAUUCUGGGCCCUCAUAGGGCCGAGGCACUCUUAGGGCAGUUUGACGCGUUGCUGCAGCGAAUUUUCCGGGAGCCCGGGGCAAAAAUGAAAGACCUGAAGAGCCAGCUUCCUCCCGAGUGGCAGCAAUUGGCGGCGAUAAACAAGAAGUCUCUGCCCCACCCGCAUUGUCUACACGAUAUCAUCCAGGGCUUCGGCGCUAGCCAACCAAACUCAGAGGCUGUCUGCGCAUGGGAUGGCUCCCUGACAUAUGAAAAACUUGUCGCGCUGGCGCGGAGACUGGCAGGCCAUCUCCAGUCCUUCGGAUCCGGGUCGGAGCCUGGUGGAGUGAUUGGUAUUUGCGUGGAAAGAUCAAAAUGGUUCCCCGUUGCCAUCCUGGGCGUCAUGAUGUCUGGAGCCGCCAUGGUUUUAUUAGAACCAAACUUCCCAGUGCAGCGUUUGCGGCAUAUCUUGGGAGAUGCCGGGGCGCGAACCAUAAUAUGCUCACCGGUAUUCCAAGAGAAAUGUCAGGGCAUGGUCGAUGAUACGUUGGUUCUGACUCCUGAUAUCCUGACCCAAGCGGACUACGAUGUUUGGACUCCAUCAGCGGUGUCUCAUCAAGACCCAAUGUAUGUUGCUUUUACAUCCGGAUCAACUGGCGCCCCAAAGGGUGUUGUGAUAGAACAUGGCAUGGUAUAUUCAAUGAUCCAGGCCCAUAAGGACGUAAUCGGUGCAUCAAUCGCGUCCCGGGGCUUGCUUUUCGCCUCCCCCGCGUUUGAUAUCUGCCUUGCUGAGAUUGUACUUAUCCUCGGUGCGGGAGGCUGCGUCUGUGUGCCUUCUGAAGCUCAACGCAUGAACAGCUUGGCGAAAACGAUGACAACAAUGCAGGUCAACAUGGCUAUGCUGACUCCUUCCGUGGCGCGAACCCUUUCGCCGGCAGCGGUCCCUUGUCUCCAAACCCUGAUUCUUGGAGGUGAGCCACCAUCGGCUUCUGAUCUGGUGACAUGGGCUUCGCGUGUCAAGUUGCAUCAAUCCUACGGGCCGGCCGAGUGUGCUAUGUACACGACCACUACAGCCCCAUUGACUCCCACCUCGGAUUUGGGCAACGUCGGAUCUUCUCCAAACGCGUCCUGCUGGAUUGUUGAUCCGGACAAUCACGAUGAGCUUGAGCCUGUGGGCUCGGUAGGAGAACUACUUAUCGGUGGGCCGAUUGUUGGAAGAGGCUAUAUCAACCGAGCCCAGGAGUCUGCAGCAGCCUUCAUCCGUGAUCCCGUCUGGAGCGAUCGGUUCCCCUUCUUGCGAGGACACCGACUUUACAAGACUGGUGAUCUUGCCCUCUUGAACGCCGACGGGUCUUUAACUUUGGUCGGCCGAAAGGAUACACAGGUGAAGCUCAAUGGGCAACGGAUUGAGCUCCAUGAGAUCGAGCAUUGUGCGGAGAGAUACCAACAUGGUACCGCAGUCAUUGCGGAAUUGAUAAAGCCUACCGACGUCCAGAGACCCAGACUUAUCAUGUUUGUCUAUGACCCCGGGACGGUAGAAACAACGGUUGGCAUCGCGUCGGCUUGUCAUGACCAUCGGGAAGUGUUUUUCCCGCCAUCGACACAAAAUCAAGUUUACCUUGGAGGUGUAAAACACCAUCUUAACCAACAUCUUCCACCCUAUAUGGUACCUUCCCUUUUCCUUUCGCUAUCCCGUCUGCCGCUUAGCCCGAGUGGCAAGGCCGACCGCAAGACACUGCGCGAGAUUGCAUCGAAAAUGGACAGAGAGACAUUGGAGAUGUAUCUGGACAAUCCGGUGGCAGAUAAGAGGGAACCAGUCACAGAGCAAGAGCGAUUCGUGCGUGCAAGCUUUGCCACAGCCCUGUCACUAAAUGAGGAGGCGGUUGGUAUGGACGAUAACUUCUUCGCAUUGGGAGGCGAUUCAAUCACGGCCAUGCGUGUUCUCACUUUGUGUCGGAGAAGAAAGAUAGCUAUCUCGAUGCAGGAAUUCCUGUCAAAGAACACUGUAUCCUUGUUUUGUGCACAUGCCAUUGUGAUUCAAGGCGAGGCCGUUGAUUCCAAACGCCAGAAACUCCUGAAUGCACAAGACUCCGUUCGAGGGAAAGAUCAACUCGUCCAGUUUGAACACAUCGAUUACCAGCUGGAUAUGGUACGAUCUCAGUUGAAUUUGUUGAAGUCGGAUUCUAUCGAAGAAAUCUACCCCUGCUCUGACGCCCACAGUGGCGUGUUGGAGCUCUAUACGUCCAAUUACACGAGCACUGCAAUUUUCGAAAUUUCUCCUACGGGAUCGGUUACUCCGAUGCAGGUGAGCAACGCUUGGAGUCAACUAGUGCAUCGUCAUGUCGCGUUGCGGACGGUUCUCAUGAAAGAGCCAAAGGUUCACGCAGAUUAUCUUCACGUCGUCCUCGACAAGGGACCGUCUCAAAUUCUAGCUCUCCCUCGCAGCAAGAAUGCCCUUUCGGAACUGAAAAAUCUCGAACCAGUUCAAUCCUGGGGACUGUCGUCACCACACCGGUUAAUGAUCGGUGAGGACCAAUCUGGAACGGUCUUCAUCAGGCUGGAAACAGGGUGUGCCUUGAUUGACGCUUUUUCCAUGACCAUUUUACUAGAAGAGCUUUCUCUCGUGCUCCAGGGUCAGCCCUUGCCAGAGAAAGGGGUCUCAUAUCGUCAAUACCUGUCCCAUUUGCACAGCCAGUCACCUACGGAAACACUGCAAUACUGGACACAGGCGCUUUACGGGGUUCACCCUUCCCACCUGCCCAGACUACCUGCCACGCAGUCCGAUCUGGCUGAAUCUCGCUCGCAGAGCCGCUCCCUUCCAUUUGCGCAAUCAAAAUGCCUAGAUAUCUUCUGGCGCUCCAAUAACCUCACCAUCACCAACGUCUUCCAGCUAGCAUGGGCCUUAACACUCACCCACUAUACCAAAUCCCGCGAUGUGUGCUUCGGAACCAUCACCUCGGGGCGUGAUAUCCCCGACCUUGAAGUAUGGAACAUUGUUGGGUCGUUUUUCAACGUUCUUCCGUGUCGAAUUGCGAUCGAUUCCACGCGCACGGUGUUGGACACCCUCCGACAAAACCAAGAGGAUAUCCAGCGUCGAAAUGACCACCAGUACUGUUCUACGCCAGAUAUAAUCCGCAAAUCGGGAAUCAGAAGCUUGGACGAUGGUCAGCAGUUGUUUAAUACAGUGCUGACAGUCCAGAAUCCAUUCUCCGCAAAAUCCUCCACUACCAAGGAUGGGAGCAACGAGAUCGAUAUCAAACUCAUCGAUUUGGAGGAUGCAACUGAGUAUGACCUUUGCGUGGCUAUUCUUCCCUCCCCUUCCAACUUCAAGGUGGAAUUGCGAUACUGGUCGACGACUGUAUCUGAAGAAUAUGCUUCGGAUAUUCUGAAUCGCCUUUUCGAACAGCUGGAACAGAUUGUGCAGCAUGCGACCAAGCCAUUGAGUAUCAUCACCGGCAUUUAA